CUCGGAGGCCCUUUAGGGUCUAGCCUUGCACUAAAAGGUACCCAGCAAUGCUUCCUUGAGACUAGUUCAAUCAUGACUACAUCGCUGGUUAGUCAUCGGAUAAAAGAGACCCGAAGAGAAACUCCGACUGAAAACAUCAGUCCAGUGGGCCAGUCCUAAAUGAUGAGCCUACCUCUCAACACCAAUGAAGUCUAUCAGAAAUAUCAAUAUCCUUGUCCAAAAAGUCAUACCAUUACGAAGCACGGAUCGCCGGCGGAUCGCCGGCGAGCAAAAGAGGGAACGGCUCACUUGUACGAAAAGCAUUGAUAGGAUCAGGCCUCUGAUACCGGAACCUCAGACCUCUACAUAGGCUUUCCACAUUAUUAAUUCUGUCUCAAUAUGCAAUAUCACAAGCCAGCGGAAGAUAUAAAUACCCAGGUCGAACGGCUCACGACUCUCCCAAAACCAAGGGACUUCAUUUUCGCUUUGCACAUCCAAACCUAGAAACGUGUUUAGCCAAGCCGUUCCUAAAGACCAACGGAAGCAAUGGCUAUCCCUCCAGCAGGAACACCAGUAGGGCUCGAGAUUCCCGCCAAGGAUGUGGCUCGUGGUAAGCAUCCGGCCACAUCUUGUUCAACCUUCCCAAACCGAACCCUAACCAGGCACUUCGCAGGAUCCGCGUUUUAUAAAGCCGUCUUCAACUGGACCUUCGCGCCUUCGACGCUCGGCUUGCCGGCUAACAAGCUACUGACCUUUGAAGUACCCGGCGGAGUGUUUCCGAUCGGUGGUGCUCUCCGUCGAGUUGAUGAACUUGCUACUACUCAGGGUACCAAAUUGUACCUCUAUGUAGAGGACAUGUCCGCUGCCAUUGAGGUUAGUGAUUCUUCCGCAUAUGCUGGUGUUGAGGAAAUCUGAUUUGACCGAGAUAAAAGAUGAUUGAAAGGCACGGCGGUAAGAAAGCGAGCGAUGUCAUUGCAGAAGGUGACAAGGGACUCUUUCAAUACUUUGAAGAUAGUGAGGGCAAUAAUUUCGCCAUAUAUACAUAUAAAUAGAGGGGCUAUGUUGAUCUAUACGACCCAGGCGAUGUGUACACAGAUUCUGAUUCCGUGAAGACAGAGAGGAAUACUCUUGAAAUACAUCGACCUUUGAAAGGACCCCGAAAUUCAAAGGCUAGGGUCUAC